AUGACCAACCCAGCCCAGGACCAGCAAGAUGGAUGCCCUGACAAGAUCUCCCAGGUUCUCCCCACAAAUCCCAAGCCAUGGUGGAAAACAACCCAUCUCCUAUGGCUCAACAGUCAUCUAGCCAGUCUGAUCCUCUUCUCCAGCACCUUCGGUUAUGAUAUCUCCCUAAUGAACGGGCUCCAAUCCCUCCCACAAUGGCAAGAAUCCAUAUCCCACCCCACCGGCUCAUGGCUAGGCUUCAUCAACGCCCUCCAAAGCAUAGGUAGCAUAGUUUUUCUCCCUAUCCAGGCCUGGUCCGCCAAUCGCUUCGGUCGCAAACCGACCAUGCUAACAGGCUACCUCUUCAUGAUCCUCGGCGUGGGCCUACAAGCCGGCUCCAGGAAUGCAAAUACAUUUAUCUACUCCCGUCUGCUGAUCGGUAUUGCCGGAGCUUGGUUCCAGUGCGCUGUUAUCCUGGUUACGGAAUUGGCGUAUCCCUCGCAUCGCUCGCUCCUCACUGCAAUAUACAUGUGUCAGUAUUACUUCGGAUCCUCUCUAUCUGCAUGGAUAGCAUUUGGAACGAGGAAUAUCCAAAGUGACUGGGCAUGGCGAAUUCCCGUCCUCGUGCAAAUCGUCUUGCCGCUCUUGGCUUUGCCGGGUGCUUUGUGUGUCUCUGAAUCACCGCGUUGGUUGAUGAAGCAGGAUCGUCUGGCCGAGGCGAGGGACAUAUUGGUGAAUUUCCACGCUGGCGGCGACGAAGGAUCGAAGCUCGUUGCUUUUGAGAUCGAGGAAAUUAGCAGGGGUUUGGUGCUGGAGUCGCAGGCUCAGAAGGCCCGUUGGGUUGACUGUGUCAAGACACCUGGGAACAGAUAUCGCUGCUUUUUGAGUGUCUCGCUGGGUUUCUUUGCACAGUGGAAUGGAGGCGGAGUGGUCUCAUACUACCUGACCCUCAUUCUCAACACAAUCGGCAUAACCUCCACAACAGACCAAACUCUGAUCAACGCAUUCCUGCAAGUCUGGAAUCUGAUCAUGAGUGUCGUAGGUGCAUGUCUAGUGGACCGCGCAGGCCGACGCGCCCUCUUCCUCACAUCCACUGUGAUCAUGCUGAUCAGUUAUAUUUUCAUCACUGCCUUAUCCGGUAGCUUCACGGCAACUGGUGCUAGUGCGGUUGGAACGGCUGUUAUUCCAUUUCUUUUCAUUUAUUACGCUGGCUAUGACAUCGCCUUCACGCCGCUGCUUUUGGCCUACCCGGCUGAGAUAUGGACAUUCUCGCUGCGUGCCAAGGGCGUGGCUAUCUCGACCAUGUCGAAUUAUAUGGCUCUGGUUUUCAAUCAGCUUAUUAACCCAAUUGCGUUCGAGAGUAUUUCUUGGAAGUAUUAUUUCGUGUUCUUGGGUGUGUUGAUUGUUCUCUUGGUUACUGUGUGGAAAACUUACCCCGAGACGAGGGGCAGGUCGCUCGAGGAGAUUGCGGUUAUCUUUGAUGGUGAGGGUGCGAGUGUUACGGGCGUUGUUGUUGGAGUAGAUGAGAAAGGGCCUGGGAAGAUGGAACAUAGAGAGGAUGCUCAUAUAUAG